AGGUGCGGGGUCAGCUCUCAGAGCAGCUAAAAAUCCUAGACGCGCAGCUGGAGGUCAAGACACAGCAGCUGCAGGAUCUGAGCGAGUACCUGCGCAGACGGGGGGAGAUUGAGGCAGAGUAUGCCCGCUCUCUGGAGAAACUCAGCGAGAGGUUCACUGUGAAGACCAAGAGGAAGGAGCAGUUGGACCUCUCUGUGGCUCAGUGCUGGUCUGUUCUGCUGACCCAGACCAGGCAGGAGAGCCGAGAUCACAGUUCAUUGAGUGAGCUUUGCUGCAACACACUCACGCAGCGGCUCUCACACUGCAUAGAGGACACACACCGCCUGGCAAAACGGAGCAAGGAGGUGGGACUCCAGAUGCAGGAUGAGCUCUUGAAAGUCACCACAGAGAUGCAGACGGUAG